AUGGAGUCAACAACAGUCGUCUGUUUCUUCCUCCUCUUCUUCUUCAUCCCCAAUACCAUCACUGCCUCCCCACCACUUCUCUUCCCCAAACAAGCCCUCCCCACCAAGUCAGGCUACCUCCCAGUCAACCCCACCACAUCCUCUGCCAUAUUCUACACCUUCUAUGAAGCCCACAACCCAACUUCCCCUCUCUCCCAAACUCCUCUCCUCAUUUGGCUCCAGGGCGGUCCCGGUUGCUCCUCCAUGAUCGGCAACUUCUUCGAGCUCGGUCCCUGGCGUGUCAAUUCCCACAAACACCCCUCUGAUCCCAUCUCUCUCCAACCCAACUCUGCUUCCUGGAACAACAUCUUCGGCUUGGUUUUUCUCGACAAUCCCAUCGGAACAGGGUUCAGUGUUGCUUCCUCACCCGAAGAGAUUCCUAGCAACCAGCUUGACGUUGCACGUGACCUGUUCGCUGCGAUUACCGAGUUCAUCGAGCUUGAUCACGUGUUUAAGUCGAGGCCUGUGUACAUAACCGGUGAGAGCUAUGCAGGUAAGUACAUUCCGGCAAUUGGGUACUACAUUUUGCAGAGGAACAUCGAUGGGUCUGAUCGGCGUGUGAACUUAGCUGGGGUUGCUAUAGGAAAUGGGGAGACAGACCCGGUGAUACAAGUCAAAACUCAUGCUGCGAGUGCUUACUUUUCGGGUUUGAUUAAUGAGAGGCAGAGGAGGGAGCUGGAGGAGCUUCAAUUUGAGGCAGUGGAGUUGUCUAAAGCUGCGAAAUGGAGCGAGGCGAAAAAAGCAAGAAGUCGAGUGUUGGAUAGGUUGCAAGACAUGACAGGGUUGCCUACUUUGUAUGAUAUAAGAAAGAAUGCUAGCUACGAGACGCAUUUGGUUGGGGAGUUGUUGAGGAAUGAGGAGGUGAGGAAGGCUUUGGGGGUGUCGAACGAGUCCAGGGCUUUCGAGGAAUGUAGUCGUUUGGUGGGGGAGGUGUUGGGUGAGGAUAUGAUGAAGAGUGUCAAGUACAUGGUGGAGGAGUUGGUGAGGAAGAGCAAGGUGUUGUUGUACCAAGGGCAGUUUGAUAUGAGAUGCGGCGUGGUUGCGAAUGAGGCUUGGGUGAAGACCAUGAAAUGGGAAGGGGUGGAGAGAUUUAUGUCGACGGAUAGGAGAGUUUGGAGAUUGGGAGGAGAGGUUGCUGGUUAUGUGCAGAAAUGGGGGAGUCUGAGCUUUGUUUUGGUCUCAGGGGCUGGUCAUCUUGUGCCUGCUGACCAGCCAUUGAGAGCUCAAGCAAUGAUUCAAGACUGGGUAUUGGGCAAAGGGUUAUUUGCCAAUGUGGAAGAGGAUAACCUGUCAUCAAUUUGAACCAAAAACAAUAUUAGUUUAAGCUGUACUCUCCUAG